AUGGGAGUCCCUCCGAAACGCCUCUGGCCAAACUCCCCACCUGAAAUUGUGGAAGAGAUCGUGGGACAUGUUCAGCUUCUGCUCGUUAAGACGUUGCUUGAGAAGCGAUUUCGAGAGUGGUUACAGGUCACCAAUUGCCUGGACGGCUGGUGCCAUGCGUCGGUUUUUGAAAAUGACCACUAUGAAAACUACCAAAAAGAUCUUAACCAUCAUCUCGAGGAAAUCAAUUCGCAGACACAGCAGUCGAUGGAGGGAAAGGGAUUCGCCAAGGGUCGCAAGUAUUUAGCCUCAGAAUUCCUCGAACCAUCACUCCUGACACCACCCACCACCGACCAGAAAGCUCUAUUUCAAAUAGCAAUGAAGGCUUUGCAUCUCAAGCCGAUGUCUCGAGAAGACGGAGUUCGCGAAGCUGGGCUCUUAUAUCCUCCAAGCUUUACCACAGAAGAGCAAGGCUCCUAUGCAUGCACCAACGUCGACUAUCUCGCACAAUUUGACACCGCAGUUGACCUUCACGCCCACUAUGUCACAGUCCAUGGCAACAUUCUCGCAGACUCUCAAGAAGGCUCAAAAAACUCUGAUGGUAAAUAA